AUGUCCCAGCUUAUCAUUUCUGAAGCACCUAUUGCCGCCGUUCUAUGGUCGCACACUACCUCCAUGGCGUCUUUGGACACACCAGGUGUCAACAAGAUUGUGGAUGACUUCUCUCUCCUUAAACCGCUCACCGGUUGGCAGGACAGCCUCCUCACCUGUGUCCAACACAUCAAGCAAUCCCUUGACCACUUCACCGCUCACCCUGCAUCUCCAACACCUUUUGCCCUACAAUAUCCAAACAUCAACACCCUAAAUGAGUUAGCAAUUCAGCAAUCCAAGUCUCCAGUAAUUGAACAAGGUUGUAAGGCUUUCAUGGCUGCAGCUGAGGUAAACAGUGCCUUGGUCAAGACCCACUUUGGUCCAAUGACCAAGGUAAACUUUGAACGUACACAGAAUCUACCAACUUCAACCUCGCAGAGUCUGUUCUCUGUGAAGCCUAAAGCCAGCACACAACUCAAUGGUGUGUAUUCUUCUUUCAUUGAGGUUCCUGGAACGCUGAACGGUUCCAUGCCAUCUCAGGGUGUUGGAUCUGGUCAAUAUCACUAUGUCUGCCUGUGUGUGUCAGGUCUAUUUGAGCACACAGAAGAUUCUAAAAGAAAUAUCAAACAAUUUCCUUGA